CUGUUCUAUGGAAUCUGAAAGCAGUCAAAUCUCUUCCGUUCCAGUGUUUUCCCUCCGAUAUUAUCAUAGUUUCAUCUCUCCCCUCCCUUUUGAGCCAUUCCAGCUGCUUACCGCCUAAACCCAAGCCGUUUCUAUCUCCGCUCUUGACCUAUCCCCUCUUGCUUCUUACCUGGUCAGAUAACCACAAUGGCUACUUCGGUAGCGCCGUCCGAAGACCAGAGUCGUCUCCUGGAGGAGGCAUUGGGGGUGGUGCGCCAGCAAUCGAGUAUGAUGCGAAAAUGCCUCGAGACGCCAGGCAAACUGAUGGAUGCGCUCAAAUGCGGAUCGACAUUGGUCUCUGAACUCCGAACACCGAGUCUAGGGCCCAAGCAAUACUACGAACUGUACAUGGCUGUCUUUGAUGCACUGCGCCACCUCUCCGUCUACCUGAAAGAGAACCACCCGGUCAAUCACCUCGCGGACCUGUACGAAUUGGUUCAGUAUGCCGGAAAUAUUGUUCCGCGGCUCUACCUCAUGAUAACCGUUGGUACCGUCUAUAUGUCUGUGGAGGAUGCCCCUGUCAAAGAGAUCAUGAAGGACAUGAUGGAGAUGAGCCGAGGCGUGCAACACCCAAUCCGUGGGCUAUUUUUGAGGUAUUACCUUUCCGGUCAGGCGAGAGACUACCUACCAACGGGAACCGGUAACGGGCCUGAAGGGAACAUCCAGGACUCGAUUAACUUUGUCUUGACCAAUUUUGUGGAAAUGAAUAAAUUAUGGGUGAGACUUCAGCACCAGGGUCCCUCGCGAGAGCGGGAGAAGCGGAUGCAGGAGCGUCGGGAGCUGGAGUUGUUGGUUGGUAGUAACGUCGUUCGCCUGAGCCAAUUGGUGGAUUUGGACACGUACAAGUCUGGGAUUCUGCAGGCGCUAUUAGAACAAGUCGUUCAGUGCCGGGAUGUUUUGGCGCAGGAGUAUUUACUGGAAGUGAUUACGAAGGUGUUUCCCGAUGAGUUCCAUUUACAUACGCUCGACCUAUUACUUUCAGCUAUCGCGCGGUUAAAUCCGCAUGUGGAUCUGAAGAAGAUUGUGAUAGGGCUCAUGGACCGCUUAUCCUCCUAUGCGGCUCGAGAGGCCGAGACCUCUAUGAAUGCGGAGACGAGGAAGCAAAAGGAAGAGGAAGCCGUCACGAAGCUUCUCGAAAAUCUCAAGGUCUCCGAGGCGUCCCAGGAGAAACCGAAGGAGGAUGCCACCCCUACCCAGGAGAAUGGCGUCGAGCAGACACCAACGGAAAGCGAGGAGCAAACGAAACCAGCCGAUGAGGUUACGGCAAAUGGGCGCGACGAGGACCAGAAGCCCACCUCGCCUCAAGAUAUCAAAUUGUAUGACAUAUUUUACGAGCAGGUGGUCAGCCUUAUCAAAUCCCGUGGUCUUCCAAUUCAAGAUACGAUGGCACUCCUCGUUUCACUCGUCAACCUCGCGCUCAACACGUACCCUGAACGUUUGGAAUAUGUUGAUCAAAUCCUUCAGUUUGCUACCAAGGAGACAGCCGAGUACACAGACCAUGCAGACUUACACGCCGCACCGACACAACAGAACCUUUUGCACCUCCUCAUUGCUCCGCUCCGCUCAUACGUUUCUGUUUUCACAGCCCUGGCUCUGCCACAUUACCUCCCCCUUUUGUCUUCCCAGUCAUACCCUACACGACGAUCUGUUGCGGGCGAAAUCGCCCGCACUCUUCUUAAGGACCGAACAUUAAUCACUACUACUGAGAACUUGGACCGCGUAUUACAGGCCCUCAGGGUACUAAUUAAAGAAGGUGUGCAGCAAGGAGGUUAUCCUGGGUCACAACGACGAGGCGAGUCAGACGAGACAAUUGAGGAACAAGGGUGGUUGGCCAGAUUGGUUCACUUACUGCAGGCGCCAGAAAAUGACACCCAACUUAAGCUUCUCCAAGCGACUCGAAAAGCGUAUCUAGACGGCAACGAGAGGAUACGCUACACCUUUCCCGCAAUUGUUAGCUCCUCGAUCCGUCUGGCACGGAAACUCAAAUCUCGCGAGCAUUACGAUGACAAUUGGCAAUCACAAUCGUCAGCGCUAUACCGCUUCAUGCAUCAGUGCGUCAACAAUUUAUACCAACGCGUCAACCCCGGAUGCGCCGAUCUUGCACUGCGCCUAUUCGUAAUGUGCGGUGAAGUAGCCGAUCAGACAGGCUUCGAAGAAUUCAGCUACGAGUUCUUCGCCCAAGCUUUUACCAUUUACGAGGAUUCCAUCAGCGAUUCCCGCGCCCAAUUUCAAGCCGUCUGCAUCAUCGCCGGCGCCCUCCACGGCACCCGAGGCUUCUCCAAAGAAAACUAUGACACCCUCAUCACGAAGGCCGCCCUUCACGGUAGUAAACUUCUCAAAAAACCCGAUCAAUGUCGCGCAGUAUACCUAGCUAGUCAUCUCUGGUGGGUCAUCGAAAACCCGCACAGAGGCGAAGAGGACCCCAAGAACCUUUACCGCGACGGCAAACGCGUCCUUGAAUGCUUACAGCGCGCCCUCCGCGUCGCAGACGCCUGCAUGGACACCGCCGUCUCAGUGGAGCUCUUCGUCGAGAUUCUCAACCGCUACGUCUACUACUUCGACCAGCAGAACGAAACCGUGACGACAAAGUACCUCAAUGGCCUGAUCGAGCUCAUCCACUCGAAUCUCCAAACAGACCAGGACGAGCCGAAUCCGGCGCUCGAGAACCCCAAAAGACAUUUUUACCGCACGCUCGAGUAUAUCCGCGCGAGGGAGUUUGAGGGCGUGGUUACGGAUCCCAGAUCUUAGACUUGAAUCUUGGAUGUUUCAAGUAAACUGCGACAUAGGCAUGCCAUCGGUGGUAAAUAUAUGUCAAUUACGGUUGUAUCUGUUAUAGUGAGCGAGCUCGAUGCUUGAGGCGAGCAUUUUAUACAGUGCUGCUGGCCUAUACUGCCUUACAACAAUCACCCUCCCCUAACCUGUUAGGCUUAGUGCGUUUGUUUUGAUCUGUAUGCUGAUAUAUGUAUGUAAGAAAGAUUCCCUUCGUUUGCCGUUGAGCAUUUCUCUCAAUACCA